UCGAAGCUGGUUCUUUGCCGCUCAGUAUUUUGGAAGUGUACACCCGUCUUAUCCCUUAUACAUUAAACAACUAAACUUAUAACAACGAUCUUAUAUAAAGAAGACAAUUUCCAUUCAUACAAUCCAGUACUUGCUAUCAACAACCCAAUAAUAAUCCAAUAUUUGUUAAGUUCAAUUCAGCUAAUCAAACUAAUCAAUUAAAAUUGAACUACAAUCAAGAAAGUACGCAAGCGAAAGAAUUGUGCACCGUAUAAACUGGAGCUAAAUGACAAAAAUUUGUGAAUGUUUUAAUCGAAUCGAGACUGAUAAGAACACACGAUUCGAGUAAAAAAAUUGUGAGCUGUGCAAAGAGUGGGAUUUCGAAGCCCUCGGUCGUUGGUGAUCAAUGUGCAUCUGCGAAUCGCGUGAGAUGCUGUAAACCGGGACGGCGAACGUAACACUGUACAUAACUGCAGUUCGACGUGUCCAGAGGGAACGAUAAGCAGCGGUAUAGGAGAAGGAUGUUCCCUACACGAGGAUUAAUCGUCGUCGCCUUCGGCCUUUGCCUGCUGACCGCUCUUCUCGAGAUGAGCGAGGCCAGGCCGCGCAUCAGGCACCAAAAAGGUGGCAGCCAUUGCAGCAGAUGCGGUCCAGGAUGGGGCGUCGUGAACCGUUGCGUUCGUGGACGCGAUACCGAGUGCGGAAAAUGCUCGCCGGGCACAUACAGCCCUCAUCAUAGCACCCAGCCGUGCUGGAUCUGCUCUAGAUGCGGGCCGGGUCUCUACGAGGCACAUCCAUGCACUUCCAGGACGGAUACCGUCUGCGAUUCCUGCCACAGACCGGCCCCGGAGAAUCUCGACUAUCAGAGGAAAUGCAAGGAUCAAACGAAUCUGUUCUUAGCGCCAGAAGACGCCCUAGGCACCGGUGAGGAGAGCGCGUUGGUCAACGAACCCUACGGACAAGAUGAGAUAGAUGACGGCAAGGAGGUUCUCGAGAAAGACGCCGAGGUGGCUAUCGUCAACAGAGAACUCGACUCGUUGGAAAGGUUCUAAAGAAAAUUAGAACGGAUAAUGGAAAUUUAAGCCGCUUCUGAGAUUCUAAGAUGGCUUCGAGAAGACAACGGAGGAAUCGAAGUCCUGGGUAGAUUGCAGGAAACAAUAGAGAUUCGAAUUUGGUUUCUAACAAUAAGACUAAUUCAGAAAGACUUCGUGCAAAGGAGAAUUAUGUACGAAUUGGGGGCAUUACAUGAACGAAACUUCUUUUCUUGAGGAAUUCUCUCUCUCUCGAUGUUUUUCUUCACCCGAAGGGGAAGAGGAAUCUAGUUUCCUGGAACUAGUUCGAAUGUUCCUAGGAUUUUAUAAGCGAUUGAGCGAAUGGGAAAAAGGAUUCUUGAUUAGGUUGAAACCUAAUAGCAGUUACUCGUUACAUCUGGUGCUCGUUCUUUACAGUUUCCUUAUUAUGUAUUUCUUCCUUGUAAUAAUAAGUAUAAACAUGUUUCAAGAGGAGAUCAACUUAGAUCUAUCCUCGAUUGCUAGUCAGUUAGGCACUAAGUAGACGAUAAGGUGUAACAUAUAAAGUUAAUCGUACGUUGAUCUUAAGCUAAAUUAUUGUUACUUUUACUUUGCCGUAUAACUUUAGCCAACUUUAUUGGUAAACAGAAAAAAACAACUUACUCAUUUUGAGGCGUGGGAGUAGGUUACUCUGUAAUUUGAAUUGGACUAGAACAAUGAACCCGGAAGUAAGCGCUUCUUUGUUAUCGAUCGCGUUGCUACAUGCUGGUUUGCACAGCAUCCGAAAGCUUUUUUAUUUCGAUGCCCAUCGAACGUAUCCAUCUAUGACGUCGGAUCGAAUGUAUUCUUUUUCAUUUGAUUAUUUAAUAUUUUUACUUUAAUGAGAUAUGUUUGUAUCUAAAGAAAAAAUAUGUAUGGAAAUGAAUAUUCUUGGCCUAGAUUCAACAAUCGUCUGAAUAAAAAAUAUUAUUUAAGCACAUUUUUGUUACAAGUCCUGAUUAUGUAUCAUAGUAUGUUAGCAUAUUUACGUACACUCCAAAGAUUUCUUCAAUACAUACAUGCAAAUUUUCUUAAAAACAAACAUUGUUUCAUUUCAGCAAAAAGAUUCUUAUUCGUUUCUCUAAUAAAAAAAUUCUGAAAACUUCUGUAAAGAGAAUUCGCACGUAUUAAUAGUUAAACUACAUAGUUCAAAAUAAAUGUAUCGCCACUAUAGUUGAUAAUUUUACAAUCCUUAAAUUGUAUACUAAACUUCUGAACGAUAAUCUACGUACAGGAGCUAUUAGCUCUUAUACUUUUUAUAAAAUACGUUUUUCGUAGAAGGAUUAAUUUUUAAAAGGAAGCCGUGCUUAACUAUUACUUCCGGUGAACCAAACGAA